CACACCACUUGCCAAUAAGAGUCGCGCUCUGUGGAGAGGUGGGCAUCCGCUGGCCAAUCAAAGCUUCUCUUGCAAAAUAACUGUACGCAGUAGUUUCGCAGACCCAAUAGCAGGUACGCUCUUAUCUUUAGGCUAGGAUGUCUGGCCUCACUGGUGAGCAGUUGUCAUUGUUCAGCCUGUAGUCAGUGAGCUGCUGUAAUGUACGAAGGACUCGGGACUGUCGCACAGAGAUGUCAGGAAGGGGGUGUCUGAGGGCAACACCCAGACCGAGGAAGCGGACUCUGCCCUGUCAGGACCGGGUAGGAUUGAGAAUUUUCCUAUGAAAAGCUGGACAGUUGGAAAGGUAUCAAGUUACCUGCAAAGAACAGAUAAGCUAUUUAAAUACAGAUGGAUCAGCACUCGAUUUGUCACAACCAGGCAUCCGUAAAGUGCAUGGAUUCUGUACACAUCUACAGGAUGAGAAACACUUAAUGCACCAUGAGAGUCUUUUUCCAGGAUGAACUACAUAGACAGAUGUGACAGUCCCUGUGUUUUGUGAAACCUGGGGACAUACCCAAUUCCUGAUCUUGCUGAAAUCAUGAUUGUAGCGUUUUCAAGAAAGUCUGUCUCACAGAAACUGAGUAUUUUACUCCUUGCUUUUGGAUUCAUCUGGGGACUGAUGUUGUUGCGCUAUACCUUCCAGUAUCCAAGACACCAGAGCAGCGCGGAGCUCAGAGAUCAAAUAUUAGACUUGAGCAGAAGAUAUGUCAAAGCUUUGGCUGAAGAGAACAAAGAUCUAAUGAAUGGAGGAAAUGGGGGAUCCAUGACAGGAUAUGCUGACUUGAAGAGAACGAUUGCUGUCCUCUUGGAUGAUAUUCUAUACCGACUUGGAAAGCUAGAGAACAAAAUUGACUACUUUGUAGUGAACGGAUCAUCCAAUAGCAAUACUAAUAGCACUGGUGGAAACCUUGUCCCACUAACUACAAGCAAACGUGUGAAUUCUUCAGUAAACAGGAGAUAGCAAUUCCAGCUAUUUUAUCAGGCCCAGUACUCUAAGAACAACUUUAUGUGCUCCGAAAAUUGGAAUUUCUGGCUAGAUCUGUUCUUUAUUUUGGUUUGCCAAGUAAGCAGCUGUAGAAUAUAGUGCAAACACAAGGGUUUUUAUUAACGGCAUUAUAAGAGCAUAGACAAUAUCGGCCAUAUUAAUUUUAUAAUAUUUUAUUUUUUUCCCAUCUAUAAAGUAUGUUUUGUAGAAGUGAGUUUUGAUGCAUUGUCCUAGAGAUUAUAACCUUAGUACUCUAAAUUAAAAAUAAGAACUUAUAAUAUAAAUGAUAGACUUGUAUAUUAUAUUUUGCUACUUGAAAAUUUAUGUUUGAGCUCGAGGUUUGACCCAAAGAAUGUAUUUAUUUGCACUAUUUGUUAGCAAGAUUAUAGAUUAUUUGCUGUAAUUCUGAUUAUUUUUUGCGAACACUUGACAAAUAAUAUAUAGUUACUACAGUUAUUUCAAUGGAUUUUGCUGGGUUUAGGAUGUCAUAUGAGAUUUAAAAAACAAACAAGUAAGUUCUGUGAAUUGAUUCUUUGAUUUUAAGUCCUUAUAGGGACAGUUUGCAGUCUUUAUUGAAAGCGAAACCAAUUUGAACUGGAGAGAGGUUUUUGGAAGACCAGAUUUAUUUCCCUUCAAAGUGAUUGGCAGACAGGUUUCCUGAGGCAGUUAUGUUGGCCUUCCAUGUGCAGAGAUAUGUGCAGACGGCAUUUUCUGUCCCAUCCGAUCGAGAUCUGGCCGACUUUCGGCCAGAUCUCGAUCGGUGAAGCCCGUCGGGGGGGCCCCAUACACGGGCCAAUAAGCUGCCGACACUGUCUGUCGGCAGCUUUUAUCGGCCCGUGUAUGGCCACCUUUAGACAAGCUGUUUGGAUACAAUGUCGUGAGAUCUACUGAUCACCAGCUAAAGGUCUACUGGUAGAGCCCGAUAUACCUUUUGGGCAUUCCUGCUCUAGUCGAUCAAGCAGAUGUGAAAUUUUUGCUAACUUUGGUUCAUAUGAUUUUAUUCCUUCAUGAAUAGUCAAACUAAAAUGAUAGAACAGUAGAGGAUAAUGUUCCUGAUUGGUGUUUGUAUAUUCGUUAGUGGUUAGCCGACUGCUUUUUCUUUCAUACAGUUACAUCUCCAAGAUAUUGCUUAUGUUAAUGCUUUAUAGUUCUUGUUUCUAAACUAUGAAUCUUAUCACGGUUUAUCUUUUACAAUCAUAUAGUGUGAUCGGCCAGCUAGUCACCUUAGGUUGGGCCAGACCAGGCAGAUUUGGCCUGGCUUUCUCUACGCCUCCUGAUUGAUGUUCCUGCAGCCAGAAGCAUUGUGUCCACUCUAGUGCAGGCAGAUACAGUGGAUAUUGGUUGUAAAGUGUUUACUCUUUUGCCAAAAUCUGCAGUUUCUGCCUGCACAUAAGUGGAGACCUCACAGAACAGCAGCAGAGGGCCACGCAAUAGUGUAGCCCUAGCCUAAGGACUGUGGCAUACUAUGCUCUUUAUUCUACACUGGAAAAAUGCUGGCAGACAAAAUGCAGGCAUGGGCUGAAACCUACAUGCACAUCAACAUAUAGGUCCCUCCUACCCUCGCCUGAGUUUGUGAUAAGAUUUAUUUCCGUACCUAGCGUACAUAUACAAUGCCACUUCCGUUUUCACAGGCGCUGGGUUGGGGGGGGGCUGUGUGCCGUCUGUGUCGGGUAGUGGGUCUGGCAGGCGGGUGCAGGUCCAGGUCAUGCACGGAUCUGCCCGAUUGGAAUCUACUGUAGGGGGUCACUUUUAACAGUUUUUACGAGACUCUGUAUCUAUUUUCUGCCCUUUUUGUAAGCAUAUGAAGGCUCACAAGUGCUUAGUGCAAAAGAAAAUGACAGGGCCCAGCCAGCUACUUUAUGGGGCAGAUUCACUAAAGGCCGAAUUGGCUAACUACCGACAUUUCACCAGAAAUCCUAUCCGCAGGGACAUUGCCAAUUUACUAACAGGCAUAGGCGACAAUUCGCUAGUGUUCGUUCGCACUCUAUUGCCAGGCUUUUUGCUCUAACGAACUGUCGCUAAGAUGCAAAUUUUACUGAAUGUUACCUCUUUCGCUAGAGUUUCCUUCACCACCUCAGACCGGCGAACUGAUAAAACUAAGCUACAUCCUUGUAAUAAAGGGGUGAACCUUUAUCAAUAAUAAUAAUUGUAUUAAUACAAAUAUGAAUACAAAUAUACAAGAUCAAUACUUAAACCUUUUCAUAAUCUGCAUGUGAGCAAUAACACAAUAACACACACACACAUCAACCCACCCUUAGGUUCCCGAUAAUCAAGCAAUGAUCCAAAUCCUGGCACCCACUCAUGGGUCCGAGGCGAAGCUCCUGACCCAAGGCAAAGGCUGUGCUGUUAUCCCCGGAUUUCUUGUUAAAUCCCCAACUGCUGACAUAGGCAAAAAUGUUUCCAUAAAAACAGCAAAUACUCAGCCAAUGUUUUAGGAACUUUAUGCCUCUUCAGCCAGGUCUUAAUCAAAUAAAUUGGGCUUAUGAGACUGUUGUCUGCUUUUAUAUUAUUUGGUGGGUAACAAUACCUAUGUUUACUAUAUAACAAUAAACAAUGGCUAUGACUGUCUACCCAGCAAGGCACAUACAAGGACACUGGACUCCCCUUAUCCUUAGUAGGUUUCUAUUUACUGUACUGACUAAUAAAUAUAUAUAUAUAUAUAUAUAUAUAUAUAUAUAUA